ACUUGUUCCCCUGUUGUCUUAGCACCGCCAUGGGGGGCUCCGGAAGCCGCCGCCUCCCGCGGGACCUUUUGAGCGAGUACCAGGAACUGACCUUCCUGACCGCGCAGGAGAUCCUGCUGGCCCAUCGACGCUUCUGCGACUUACUGCCCAAGGAGGAUCGGGACCAGGCCUUCGCCACCCGAGCGCCCAAGGGAAAGCUCCUGGCACUGCCCGAACUCAGGGCCAAUCCCUUCCGGCACCGCAUCGUCCGUGUCUUCUCCACUGCUGAGGAUGGUGAUGGCAGCCUUUCCUUUGAGGACUUCCUGGACAUGUUGAGUGCCUUCAGCGACGCUGCCACCCCGGAGGUCAAGUCCCACUACGCCUUCCGCAUCUUUGAUUUCGAUGAUGACGGGACUCUGGACAAGAAAGACUUGGAGCAGCUGGUCAACUGCCUGACUGGGGAGGGAGAGGACAGCCGGCUAAGCCCGGUGGAAAUGGAGCAGCUCAUCCAGAAUAUCUUAGAGGAAUCCGACAUCGACAAAGAUGGGACCAUUAACCUCUCCGAGUUCCAGCACAUCAUCUCCCGAUCCCCAGAUUUCACCAGUUCCUUCAAAAUUGUGCUCUGAUUCUUCACCAUUUCGCCUCGGAAGGUGCCCUGGGCUCCUGCAGGAA